AUGGCCACCUCAAGCCAUCUCCUUCUCCUUCUCCUCCUCGCCACCGUUUCAGUUCUAACUUCCGCCGCUUCUCCUCCGUCACUAACGCCGCAAGAUCGCCAAUACGCAGACAGAAUCAUCGAAGCGAUGAUCGGAGCCGGCGAUUUCCGCGACUGGGCCGCCGAUUUCCUCUCCGCCGUCGACGACCAAUUCGGAAUCCCUCUCUCCGCCACCAUCUUCAUCCCCAGCGACUUCGACGCCGCCGACGUCUCCUCCUCCUCCUCCUCCUCCUCUAACGGCGGAUCUACUAACUCCGGUCGUCUCUCCGUCGCUUACCACAUCGUUCCUCAACGUCUCGCGUUCUCCGAUCUCCGCCUCUUGAAACCUCUCUCUCGCCUCCCGACUCUUCUCCCCGGAAACACAAUCGUCGUCACCAAUAACUCUGUUUCCGAUUUCACUAUCGACGGCGUUCUCGUCUCCGAGCCAGAUCUUUUCCUCUCUUCCUCGAUUGCGAUUCACGGUGUUGCUUCGUCGCUUGAUUUCUCUCGUUACGGCGAUGUCGGAAAUGGUGAUCCUACUUUAGCUGAUAGUCUCCGUCCAAGGACUCGUCGUCGUCGCCGUCCCCGUCCCGAAUCUGAAUCCAAUACGAAUGAAACCUCUGCUUCUGUUUCCAUUUCACAAUUCACAACAAGCUCGUUCUUGCUUCCUCUGGCUCUAGCUUUGAUCUGA